CUAACUCUGCCUGUCAAUAAAAAAGAAAGAAAGAAAGAAAGAAAGAAAGAAAGAAAGAAAGACAGAAAGAAAGAAAGAAAGAGAGAGAGAGAGAGAGAGAAAGAGAACACGAGGUGCCCUGAGAUGCUGACUUUACACAACAUGCAAUACCACUGGUGUGCAGUAGGGGGAAGGGACUUAAGCUUCACAGACAAGCUGGACUCAGCCCAUUCCUGCAGCCACUCUGAUCCUGCCAAGGCAGCCUCCACACACCUGCAGCUCUACUGAAACCGGCAAGGCCUGGGGUGCCUGAGGUUUGGCUGUCCCUUCACUUGGUGCAGAUCAAACCUGGUCAGCCCCUCUAUCCACAGUGGCCCACCCCAGGCACGUGAUCCAGACUGCUUUUGUCACCAACCUCAAGACCCACGGAGGUCAAAGGACAGGAAUCGUCCCACUUCUGUGUUUUGGGCCGUCCAUGUUUAUGGGGUUUGAACUCAUCUUCAUCAUAAAUUUGAGGGAACUGGAAAACCCUUGGAGAGACCAUGAGACUUAUCAGAAGCAUUUACUUGUGUUGUACUAUUGUGAUAUCAGUGGAGGGCUGGGCCCCAAAGCUGCCAGAGGAAAGAGAAUUGACAACCAACCUCAGCAACUUGUCUCUGAGAAAGGUUCCCACAGACUUAGCCCCAGCCUCAACCACAGUAGAUUUAUCCUACAACCUCCUUUCCGAACUCCAGAAUUCAGAUUUUCAUUCCGUCUCCAAACUGAAAAUUUUGAUUCUGUGCCAUAAUAGUCUCCAGCAACUGGAUAUCAAGAGCUUUGAGUUCAACAAAGAGUUACGAUAUUUAGAUGUGUCUCACAACAGACUGAACGUCGUAACCUGGUAUCCGUUGGCCAGUCUCAAACAUGUAGAUCUCUCCUUUAAUCGUUUUGACACCAUGCCCAUCAGUGAGGAGACUGGCCACAUGUCACAGCUGGAAACCCUGGGGCUGAGUGGGGCAAAAAUCCAAAAAUCGGAUUUCCAGAAAAUUUCUCACCUGCAUCUCAAUACUGUCAUCUUAGGACUGAGAACCCUCUCUCAUUAUGAAGAAGGCAGCCUGCCCAUCUUAAACACAACAAAACUUCAUAUUGUUCUACCGAUGAACGUCAAUUUUUGGGCACUCUUGUGUGAUGGACUGAAGACUUCAAAAAUACUAGAAAUGACAAAUAUAGAUGGCAAAAGCCAAUUUGUAAGUUAUGAAACUCGACACGAUCUCAUUUUGGAGAAUGCCAAGACAUCCAUUCUGUUAUUUAAUAAAGUUGAUUUGCUCUGGGAUGACCUUCUCCUUGUAUUCCAGUUUGUUUGGCAUACUUCAGUGGAAUACUUCCAAAUCGAAAAUGUGACUUUUGGAGGUAUUGUUUAUCUUGACCACGAAUCCUUUGACUAUACAAGCACUGUGAUGAGAACUGUAAAAUUGGAGCAUGUUCAUUUCAGAGUUUUUAAUAUCCCACAGGAUAGAAUCUACUUGCUUUUCACCAAAAUGGACAUAGAAAACCUGACAAUAUCAGAUGCCCAAAUGCCACACAUGCUUUUCCCUAAUUCUCCUACAAGGUUCCAGUAUUUAAAUUUUGCCAAUAACAUCUUAACGGAUGACCUGCUUAAAAAACCUGCCCAACUGCCUGAUCUGAAAACUCUCAUUCUGAAGGGAAAUAAACUGGAGACGCUUUCGUUGGCGAGUUGCUUUGUUAGCCUCACACCGGUAAUGCACUUGGAUCUGAGCCAAAAUCUAUUACAACAUCAAAAUGAUGACAAUUGCUCAUGGCCAGACACCUUGCUUACCAUGGAUCUGUCGUCCAAUAAAUUGGCUGGCUCUGUUUUCAGGUGCUUGCCCAGAAGUAUUCAAACACUCGAUCUGAAUAAUAACAAAAUUCAAACUAUCCCUAAGGAGAUUAUCCAUCUGACGUCCUUACGAGAGUUAAACAUCGCAUUGAAUUUUCUAACUGAUCUCCCUGAAUGCAGUCAUUUCAGAAAACUCUCAGUGCUGAACGUUGAAAUGAACUUGAUUCUCAGCCCCUCUCUGAAUUUUUUGCAGAGCUGCCAGGAAGUUCGGACUCUAAAUGUGGGGAAAAAUCCAUUCCAGUGUACUUGUGACUUAAGAGAUUUCAUUCAGCUUGGGAAACACUCAGAGGGCAUGCUGCUUGGAUGGUCCGACUCGUACCUCUGUGAAUACCCUUUGAAUCUAAAGGGCACUCAGCUAAAGGAUGUUUACCUUCCCGAAUUAUCUUGCAACACCGCUCUGUUAAUUGCCACCAUUGUGGCUAUUGUGCUAGUUCUGGGGAUGGCUGUGGCCUUUAGCUGCCUCUGCCUGGACCUGCCCUGGUAUCUCAGGAUGCUAGGUCAAUGGAUACAAAUACGUCUCAGGGUUGGGGAAGCAACCCAAGAACAACUCAGGAGAAAUGUCCAGUUCCAUGCCUUCAUUGCAUAUAGUGAACGUGAUUCUCUCUGGGUGAAGAGUGCAUUGAUCCCCAGUCUAGAGAAAGAAGAUGGUUCUGUCUUGAUUUGCAUUUAUGAGAGAAACUUUGACCCUGGCAAGAGCAUGACUGAAAAUAUCAUCGAUUGCAUUGAGAAAAGCUAUAAAUCCAUCUUUAUUUUGUCUCCCGACUUUGUGCAGAGUGAGUGGUGCCAUUACGAAGGGAUUGCCCACCAUGAUCUCUUCCGUGAUAAUUCUGAUCAUAUAAUUUUUAUCUUACUGGAACCUGUCCCAUUCUACUGCAUUCCCACUAGGUAUCAGAAGCUGAAAGAUCUCAUGGGAAGGAAAGCACUCUUGGAAUGGCCCAAGAGUAGGCAUAAGUGUAGGCUUGUUUUGGCAAACCUUCGAGCUGCUAUUGAUGUGAAUUUAUCAGAUAACAGACAAGCGUGUGAACUACAGACAUUCACAGGACUGAACGAACAGGCCCGAGGUUCUGCAAGCUCUCUGAUAAGAACCGACUGCCUAUAAACUGCGCCCUCCAGGGGAAUUUGGGGACCACAUACUCAUUCACUGCUGCUGGCAUAGACAUUGGUAUAACCUUAUAAUUGGCACUUUGGCAAUAUCUAUUAAAAUGAAAAAUAAUUAUUCCUUUUACAUCAGUUCCUGGAAGGAUUUCUAAAAAGGUACCCUACAGAAAUACCUGUACAAGUUUGUAAAGGUUUAUGCAAAAAGAUGUUCAUUCCAGUAUUAUUUAUAAUCACGAAAAACUGAAAACAUUCUAAAUGUCCAUGAAAUUCAGACAAAUCAAUAAACUACAGUACCUUAGUGCAACAGAACACUGCAUGCCACUGAAAAGAAUGAGGUAGCUCUACAUUUACUGGUGUGGAGAAAGUUAUGUAAAUAUGUGUAAAAUAAUCUAUAAUUGGAUUACAGGGGGCAUUUGAUUUCUAGAGUAUGUUUUCACAAUGCUAGAAGUGCUUAAUAUGAAUCUGUAUUUCUUAUGUAAAUACAAAAUACAAUAAAACUUUUUAAAGCCUA